GCCAUUUUUUGACUGGUGAAAAUUUUGCAUGUGUUUUCAGACUCAGACACGUACCGAUCUUGAAGAAUUUAGUUGUUUUAUUUACUAGGAAUUUGGAAUUUAGUCGCUUCAUCAUGUCUAAUAACGAUUCCGUCGGAGAUCUCGAGAAACUCCUGAAACAGACGACUAUCGCUGAAGGUGGAAUCAGUUUUGCCGGUAGAGGACUAAAGCUUGACACCGAAGAUGACGCCAAGGAAGUGGUUGACGCAAUUGAGCAAUGCGAAGACCUAUCAUUCUUCAACAUGGAAGGGAAUACCCUUGGUGUGGAUGCCGCCAAAGCCAUCGCUAAGGCUCUAGAAAAGCAUAAAGAGUUCAAAAGAGCUCUUUGGAAAGAUAUGUUCACCGGCCGAAUGAAGUCUGAAAUUCCUCUAGCUUUGAAACAUUUAGGAGGAGGCAUGCUAACAGCUGGUGCAAGACUUGUCGAACUUGACCUGAGUGAUAAUGCACUUGGACCAAUUGGUGUUGAAGGACUCGCUGAUUUUCUCCGCUCUACAUGCUGUUAUAAUCUUCAAGAACUUCGUUUGAACAAUAAUGGACUUGGUGUUACGGGCACUAAGAUGUUAGCCAAAGCAUUACUUGACUGUCACAAAAAUAGCUCUGCAGAAGGUAAACCUCUUGCUUUAAAAAUAUUCAUCGCUGGAAGGAAUAGAAUUGAGAAUGAGGGUGCUCUGAAGCUAGCAGAAGUAUUCAAGACAAUUGGAACUCUCGAAGAAAUUGCUAUGCCUCAAAACGGCAUCUAUCAUGUGGGUAUCUCAGCAUUAAGUGACGCUUUUCGAGCCAACCCUAAUCUACGAAUCAUCAAUCUAAACGACAACACUAUCACAGAGAAAGGAGCUGUUGCACUCGCCAAAGCAUUCCUCGAACUGAAAGAGUUGAAAAUUCUGAACUUCGGUGAUUGUUUACUGAGAACGAAAGGCGCAAUUCUUUUGGCAAAUGCCUUGGAAGACACUCAUCAGUUAGAGGAAUUGAUUUUGGACUCCAAUGAGAUUGGUCAAGAGGGAGGAGAAGCAGUGGCUAAAGCUGUUAGUAACAAAUUAAAAUUGAAAGCUCUGAAUCUGAAUAGCAAUAAUUUUGGUGAAAAUGGCAUUGAAGUCAUAACAAAUGCACUCAAGGAGUCGGGACACUUUGAGUUCUUGUCUUCGCUGAGUGAUGAUGAAGGUACGGAUGAUGAAGAGGAAGAUGGGGGAGGAGGAGACGGUGAAGACGAUGAAGAUGAGAACUCGGAAGCUGGAAGUGCCAGCGACAGCGAACCGACUGCAACCGAAGUUGAACAAUCAUAUGUUGGGAAACCUGAUGGAAGCGAAGUCAAAGCAGGAGAUUUUCUCUGUUCUCCAACUGCAGAGAACUUCACUGCUCUGGGUCCUGAUAGCCAUAACUUAUUUAUUAAAGAAGCAGAGGCAGAAAGUGAAGACAAAUUCCUCGACAUCAUGUUGCCUGCUUUGAUGAAAGUAGCUAGCCUUUCUGUACAUAAUGAAUCAAUAGUGAAAUCUACUGCCUUAACUUGUUCUCAAAAGCUGUAUCAGUACCUAAUGGAGUGGGGCGCAAAAAAUAACCAGCUCUCACUAAUUACCAACUCUAUUCUAGUUCAUUUAGGUUUCCUGAAGAGUGAAGAUAAAAAGUUCAAAGUAAACUAUAAUUUGGAUGGGUGUCUAAAUUCUUUGAACAAAGCUUUAGAGCAGCCGUUCUUCCCUGCAUCAACUAAAGAAGUGAUCCUUGUGUUCCUUGGAAGGAAUGAUCUCGCCCCAAAUCUGCAGAUGAAGAGACAUCUUGACAAGAAAGCUGCUGAAGGAGACCGCUCGAAGCAGUGAGGUCAAGACGUGAACUCCUAAUGACUGAGUCUCGAUAACCGUGCAACUCAUACCAAAAAAGAAUACGACCGUAAAUUAUUUCUUUCAUUGUAAAACGUAUCGCAAAGUUAUUUAAGAACUCAGUGGUGACCACUGGCUUUCAAUGGAGCAUCAGUGAUGCAACAGUUUAAAGUGGAACAGAUCUCACUUUAAAAUUUGUUUAAUUUUUGUGGUUUUGGGCUCCACUAAACUUAUGGUUAUUCCGUCUGAGAGGCGUAUUCAUGGUUCCUCUAUAACCUUAAAGCUUUUGUAUGUAAUUGAUGGCAAGCAGCUUAAGGGGACCUUUAACCUUAAAAGGAGAUCAAGCCCUCGAAGGAAUUGCUCCUGUUGUCAUGUUCCUAAUGGGACGCCAUACCAUAAAAUUAGAAGAGAUUGAUUUUUGAAGAUGUGAGUUGAAGCAAUUUAUUUCAGUUUCAAUUUUAAAGUUACAACAAACAAAAUGAUAUUCACAUCGAUAUUGAUUGUAUUUGCUGCAUUAUUGGGAAAAGUAGAAGUAAGAGGUAACUUCCUGUAAUGGAGCAUCGCACCCUGUCAAAUUAUUAACUCGACUGAAGAAGCCAACUGUGGUGUGUGAGAACUUAACUUUUAUCAGAAAAAUCAAAUUAUCGUUUCUCUGAAACCCAAUUUGAACCUGACAUGCUCCCCUCCCCCUUCAAAAAUUGUAGCUGAAUGCUCCAAAAGAGUUCAAGAGGAAGGAGACUUCAUAGUCCAAUUGUUUGACCCGUAAAGUGACACUAGUGUCAACCUGACAGUAAUUAGGAUCCUUGUUUUCCCUUCUCACUGCCGUCAUAGUUGGUCAUAGACAGCUGAGAGUGAAUGGUCCAUUGCUCUUCCUAUGAAGAAUUUCUAGGUUCUUGUAUGCUCACCAUAUUUCUUAUGCAGUACCAAGGUCUUAAUGGAUCUGUAAGGAUGGCGUAAUUAUUAAGACAGGGAUAACUUGAUUUCUCUAUGUUGAGCUGAAGGUGCAUCAAGUACCUCAUGUUAGAAAACCCUCCAAACAACUAAUCCAUAAAUACAACAUGAGCAAAAAGACUACACAUGGAAUAUCAAGAAAUUCGACACUGGCUAAAUUUCGAGAUUUUUUUGUAUGAUGUUUCUUGUGGUCUCCUGAGUAAGAAGAACUUUGAUAAUCGAACUUUCCAUGUGCCAAUCUCGGGAAAACCAGGUCUUGAGGUGUAUUUUCCGGCAAUUUAACACAUGAUAUCAAAUAGAGAAAUGGCAUUUUUGCUGAGUUGAAGAUAGGGAGCCUUUAGUUUAGAACUGAGUUGAUGCACCAUCUCUUCUCUCCAGCUAGCGCAAGAAGAGGACCAUCUGUAUUUUUCUUUCGGUAAUAUGUGUAAAACUACUAAAAAUUCUCUGUAUCAAUCCAAUUUCCUCUAGAUUGGCUCAUAGAAAGUUCGAUUUUAAAAGCUCAUCUUAUUCAGGAAAUUUGUAAGGAACUAUCAUUUGGAUCGUAUCAAAAUUUCGAAAUUAAUCCGGCAUCAAAUUUCUUAGUGUUCCAUGGGCAGUCUUUAGCAUCCAGUGAUUUUGAUAGGACUUCUUCAAAGCAUAGCGAUUGUGCAAAACAUUUGAUCUAUUGAUCUAUAUUUGACAUUUGUCAACUUUUUAUGAUUUUUACCAGGAAAAUCAUAAAAUAAAAAAAAAUUGACGUUUCCAGUACACCAAAUUUGAAACUAAAAA